CCGCGCGCGCGGGAGAUUUUGGCGGGCUCGGGAAGAUGGCGGAGGGAGGGGGUGCCGGUGCCGGCCCGGUGCCCGGAGCUGCCGUGGACACCAAGUGGGAGAGCACUCACCUCUGGCUCUGUUUGCUGGCCUUGGGCUUCAAGCCGGGAUGCCACAAACGCGUAAAACUAGGAAGGGAUAUGUUUGCUGUACCAAACAGCAGAGCGUUUUCUGUCGUUGUCCGCUUCUUGUUUAUUAAGCUGGAUAAGCGCCGUGCAAGAAGAAUGUUCAUGAGUUCUGGAUUGAGAGAACUAUCAGCUCCUAGAUUUAGGAAGCACUGCUGGAUGUGGCUAAGAGAAAUUUCAAAGCAAAAUGAAGCAGCUGUUCCACGAGUUGCACCUUCCACACUGAUUUGUCCUGGUGGUGCUAGGUUUGUUCACGUGAUGUACUGUUUGGCAAGAUACGUAAUGAUUGAGGUCAUGAAAAAACUCUCUGUAGGCACUGGUAUACCUUCUGCAAAAGCUGUAAUGUGGAGACCUAAGCGUAUGUACCUAGCAAAAGUAAGACACAGAGUCGCAUACAAUAAACUGCUGCAAAUACUUCAACAGGAAGACUUUCUUCUUAAAGAGUAUAAGAAAAAAGCACAGAUUUUAAUUACAGAAAUACGACAGACAAAAUCUAAAUAUGAAGUUGCACAGAAGAAGUUUCACAGGAUGAAACAAAAUGGCCAAAACAAAAAUGACACAACUGAGAAAAUUCAGAAGGUCCGCAGUAUGUGGGCACUUAUAGUGGAAAUGCUUACAUCUCUGAAAGAGGAAAAGGAAAUUGUGGAUUCUGUACUUGAAGACUGUGUUAACCCAUGUAUUCUAGAUGGAACUGAUGUUGUUUUGCGUCUUCCAGGGUUGUUGAAUUGGAGCGUUGAAAGUUAUAAAUAUGGUUUUUGUACAGGAAAUUUAUAUGAAGAUGGAAAACUGAAUUUCCUAACAGUAAUUCAGUUGCUAAAUGAAGCCCUGAUGACAUUGAGAGAUGAACAUUGUCCAUGUGAGUUAAAAACACUUGACAGAAUUGAGAACUUGGUUGCAUCCUACAGGAAAAUACUACAGGAAUUUAAAACAAGAAGUCUAAGCAGAAAGCAACAGCAUUGUGUGCCAGACCUUCAGUCUACUUCCAGAGAACAGGAAAUCUGGGAGUCAAAGUGGAAAACGAUUCUUGGCUGCAGUCCUUACAAUUUAAUCUUUAAAGAUAUUCUGCAGCCUUUGAAAGAUUCAUCACUCCAGUCUUUCAGUUCUUCAGAUGAAGAUGAACACACUGUCCUUUGUCAGUCAUUUUCAGAUAAUUACAUCUCUUGUCUUGAAGAACACCAUGGGAAGAAUGAUAGCUCUUGGGAAACCAUAAAGGAUACAACACUACCGUCAGGAUGUGACUUUCUCUCUCCCUACUUGAGAUGCUCCUCAGUGUCACCGUCGUUAGAAGUAUCUGAAAAUGGAGACCUGUUAAUUGAAAAUAACUUGCAUAGUUGUGUGGGAAAUAAAAAACCUGCGCCUCCAGAAAUCUUAAAAGAUGGAAAGGAAGAAUUCCCCACUUCAGAAAUGGAGGAGAAUGCAGGCGAAAAUGUUACCCAGCCAAAGUCUCCUAUGAAAAAAGACAACCUUAUUGAGAAAGCCAGAGAUGAGCUGGCAGAACAGAUUGCAAGGACAGUGUGUGAGUCAACCUACAGUGAUGAAGAAAAAGGAAUUGCAUUCGAUGAUCUCAUUAGCUCACUGUCUUUUAACCCAUUUUUAACAAGGAAACAAAUACCCCGAACUCCAGAAAAUCUGCUUACUGAAAUUAGAAGUUCGUGGAGAAAAGCUAUUCAGACUGAGGCCUCAUUAGAUCUACAGCUGUCCUCAACUGAAGUGGUGUCAGAAGAAUCUUCAAUGGAUGCUGCACCUAGUGUGCUGGAGGAAGUGGACUCUAACUUCGUGUGCUCUGAACGUGCAUCUCCUCUUUCUGACCUGGGUCCUCCUGUGUCAGAAAAUAAGUCUCAGUUAAGUUCUACAGAAUUUAGUUCUCAGGAGCAGGUGAACAUAAGUCAUACAUUUGAGUCUUCAGAUUCAAAAACAUCUGGAAUUCAAGAAAGUGAGAGAAGUGACUCAGAGGAACUAGGUAGUUCUGCUUUGAGUGGAAGUUCUUCAGAAGAUGUAAGCCAGACUUCGCAAAAUUUAGAGAAGAGCAUGAAUAUUCCAGAUGCUUGUUUGAAAAGUGAUAGUAGAACAAACACGCUACCUUCAGACCACUGUCGCAGUUUUCUAAUGCUAGGCCAGAAUGUAUCUACAUUAAAUUCUGUCAGUCACGAAACUGGUGACAUGGGGAUAUUGAAUGAGACACUUCCAGAAUGUGAUACAGAUCUCAGCAUAUCUGCAUGCUCAGACUCUUUUUUUAGUAUGGACAGUGAAAAGUCAAUGGAUGACUCAGAAAAUUAUGAGAAUGUUGAAAAAUUGGACCUAGAUAUACAGUCCCAGUCCAACUCACAUGAAGUGCUAAAAAAGACUCCAUCUAAAAGGGACGAGUUGCUGCAUCAAACACAUAAUAGAGACGAAUAUGAAUAUUGUGGAGCUGAACUAUAUAUGAUACCAGAAGAAGAAGAGGAAGAUGAUGAUGGUCCUUCAAUAAAUGAAGGAUUUACCAAGAUGCCAUUACCAAACUCUCCUAAUGAAAGCAGAUAUUCCCUAUCAUCUUUGCUGGUAUCCUGUCAACAGAUGGAUGGUACAUGAAGUCUCAUUAAACUUACUACAUAAAUUGAAGGAUAUGAACAAUGGAGUUAGAAGCUGAGCAUGAAGGAACCCUCAUCAGGAUGGAAUUUGUAAAACGGCAGCGUAACCAUAGCAGUGCAUUUAUGGUUCACUUGAGCAUAUAGCAUCUUAUCCAAGUGUUGUCUGGAUUGGGAAGUUGCACUUCUUUUGGCGGAGACUAUUCCAGUCUCCUUGUUUAGAAGUGUCACUUGCCUGCUCUGGCACUGCCAAUUUCAUGUCAUCCAUUGUGACUUUCUAUGUACAGCCCAUCAUUUAUAUACAGAACUGUGUUUUUCAAGCAUAUUUUAAACAGCAGAUGUUGAGUAAAAUAACCCUAGAAAAUGAAAAAAUGAAAUGUCACAGAAGAAACAAUGAAAUCUGUUAAUUUGCUUCUAAUCCACAUCUCAUACCCCAUCCUAACCCUCGACUCAACAAAUUGAAAUUUUACUUGGUGCUGUACAUUCCAUUGUAUUCAUCUCUCUUACUGACACUUCUGGUCUGUAUUGCCAUAAAUUCUACCUGUUGAUAGAGGCUCUUCUCUUUUCCUAAACUUUGCUGGAGUGCGUAUUUCUUUAGCUGUGCUGUUGAAUAAAUGCUUUACACUAAAGUUAUAAAAGUUAACUGCUUGUGGUAGUGUUAAUACUACUUGAUUUUAACAACUGUCAUGCACUUACUAUGUUGUGAUGUAACAGGGAAUAGAGCCUGUGGUAAGGUGAGAAAGUACAGCUUGAGAUUCCAAGAGGUAAACUUCUUGUAAAAGUACCGACUCCUAGCCUAAUGUGUUUAGAGGCAUUUUUGAAUAAAGUUGUUAUUCUGUUCUGGA